AUGGCCGCUGAGAAGGAACUGGACAAGCCGGGGGAUAAUAGAAGGGAACAAACUGAAGCUUCUGCCACACUAUCAGCCUUACUACGUCGUUCUGAUCUUGACACAAAUAAUUGGGUCAAGAAUGUCAUCUUUGGCGAGCCUUGUGUCAUUGUUCAGCCAGACUACUCCAAUGUUCGUUCCGUCAAGUUUCGUAUGUGGAUGAAGUCGGGUAAAGCACAGAUCAGGCGUUUCAUCAAGAUGGAUGACGACACGGGUGAGCCUAUCACCGAAAAGCUACUUCUUGAAAUCGAAGAAUGGCAUGUCACAGUUCAAUUGACGUUGCUAGCUAGCCAGCGUGCCACGUUCGAAGUAAACAAUGUCCGUUACAUGACCUAUCCCUGGACAGAUCCCGAGACCAACACCAGUGCUCCACCAGGUCUCAACGGUAACGGCCGGUUGAACUACUUGCUAUACCUUGAGACUGUAGGACAAAACACACCGCCCCCGGACUCGGAGCGAGGUGCGGUACUUGAUACACGCAUGGGUAACUGGACAGACGGCCGAAAGCCUGGAACAGACUCGCCAUCCAAGUUCGGGACCUUUAUCCUGUCUUCCGCAAAUUUCAUGGAAUCCUUCGUCAAUCAAAAGCUGCCAGCCAUCAAUCGCAUCAUGUCUAUGAACAUAGACCAAGUCACAUGCUGGGCAGAUUACCACUUUUUCACUUACGACUGGGAAGUUACUGCUACAUAUUUCGUCGGGCACGAAGACGCCAGCAAAGAUUCGACCACAUAUGCUUUGAAACAGCAAGAAUUCUCCGUCGGGAAAGACUGGCCGCAAAGUGCCAAAGAUUUCUUUGAUGCCUAUACAGGUACACCUGCCAAAGGCUCCAAGGUCUGGAGAUACCAGGACACGCAAUGGCGUGAGCCUUCACUGCGUGAUUACACCCACAAGGGAACAGUGGAGAUUUGGAUGAGUGGAGAUACAAUGACUCUCGCUAGAGCCUACACAACUGCCGGCUCCAACACUAUUGUAUACGAAGGCCGUCAAUGGACCAGAUUUGAGUUUACAAUCGACCCUAGCUCAUUCGACCCAAAUAUUAAAAAGAAUAUCAUAGCUGAAACCAAAUGGACCGUUACAUUCCAGAUGCAAGAGGUCACGGAUGGCGGCUUGCAAUUCCAGGUGGACAUUGACCAACCCACCACAUCCUUUCAGGGAAACUAUGAGUUUCUAGCAAACUUCAGGCAGGGCUUCGAGAAAGGUUACAAGGCCGCUGGCAGAAACUUCGAGUGGUAUAUUAACUCUAUUCGCAACUGCCUACAGGGACAGGAAAAGUUCACGCUUCCGGCAUCCGGUGUUUUCUUCUUCAAGGACCCCGUCAUGAACGCGCAAGGCGAUCUGGUCUGCAGUUUGCAAUACAACGGUAAUCCGCAAGUCGGUCAACCUAUCAACCAUCAUGCAAACGUUGUCCGUGGUUCCAUUCCUCGAGGUGAUUUUAUUAGUUUGCCGGGAAAAAGUAAGAUUGGUGUUGGGGACACAGAAAAGUCAUCUAGGUCCUAG